AUGGCGGGGAUUGGGCGGACCCUUCAUUGCAUGUUGAUUACGGCCGUUAUAUCGUUUACUUUGGGAGCCUAUUACCAGCAUUAUGAUAUUUUACGUCAGUUGUGCUAUGUAAUAAAUGACGAUCCUUACGCUUUUUACAUCAAGGAUAAACUAUACGGGACGCUACGCUUCUUUAAGAACAGUGUUGUCCGACUAAAGGCCAAUAAGACUUGUUCAUGUUUGCCCAGAGUAAUGAAAUAUGGUUUUCCAGGUAUGGAAGAUUUGCGGGUCUAUGAUGAUUUUGUAAUAUCAUACGAUCGCCGUAAUCGUGUUGCGCAUUGGGUCUAUGAACAUUUGCAGACUUCCUCCAUAUUCAAUACUACCGGUAGUCGACGUAUGGCAGAAUAUAAGGCUGAUUUAGGUAUACCCUCCGAUUUUCGUGUGGAUACAACGGAUUAUAAAGACAGUGGUUACGAUAAAGGCCAUCUAGCAGCUUCCGGUAAUCACAAAAGCAAGCAAUCGUACUGCAACGACACGUUUUAUUUCACAAACAUUGCCCCGCAAGUGGGUGAAGGUUUUAAUCGUGGUUGUUGGCAAAAACUCGAAGCCUAUGUUCGAGAUUUAUGCAAACGUUAUGGUUCGGUGUUUGUGUGCACCGGCCCAUUAUAUUUGCCGCGUAAAAGCGAUGCUGACAAAUGGUAUGUGGAAUAUGAAGUGUUUGGUGCCAAAACCAUAGCAGUACCAACACAUUAUUUUAAAGUCAUAACAAUAGAAUCGAAAUUGCCUGGUGGCUUGCCCUAUAUGGAAGCCUACGUUAUGCCCAACAAAGAGUUGGAUGAAAAAACUGACUUACGUUCAUUUCUAUGUGACAUACGGGUCGUUGAAAGUGCAUCAGGUUUGAAAUUUUUUCAGGGUUUACAUAGAAGCUUCUUUUUUGGCAUAAACUAUUCAACAGCAUCGAUACUUUACAAACGUUUUCGUUAA